UGUAAUCUAGACAGAGAACCAGCUUAUUGUAGCGCAGGAGAUGUGCAUGUUAUACGAAACCUGAGCCAGUCUCCAGGGAUAGACAUAAAACAACACAAGGCACAUUCAAUUUCAACCUCUUAGGAGAAUCGGACAUGGCAGGCUGCUUACACAGUUCCCAAGAAUUACAUGAAGGCGGAGCGGUCAGUGAACACAAAUCCAGACAUCAAUCAUGGGCAAACACUAUACAAGACAUUUAAGCUACAAUAGAGGAAGUAGUGUCUAAAAUUCUUGCCAUAUACAUAAGAAAUCAGUCACAUUGCACAAUGUGGCAUGCAAGAUGCAUAAAACAUUAAUAUAACCACUAACUUAUUACAAAUCUUAAACUUAAACUAUAGUAAUGAAAUGACUGGCUUUCUGUCUACAAAGUAAAGUUCUCAUUAAGUCACUUACAAGCAAAAAUAUGCCAGAAACACAUUUAGUAACCAUCCAGCGCUAUAUUUGCUUUGGUUCUUUUUAUGAUAUUGCUGGUGGUGGUUUUCUUGUGUGUGUGUUGUGGGAUAUUUUGGCCAUGGGUGACAUUUAGGAAGUUUCAAAGUUGCACCAUUUUGUGAAAGCACGGAGCAUUAGAGUCACAGUCAUGUGGACCUCCUGUCUCAGGGAGUGUGAUCCACCAAAGCCUUGCUCUUAUAGAUUUUUAUGUUAUUGCUGUUUUUAAGACCACAAAAUGCUGCAUAGUGUAUCAGCAUACUCCGUAUAAUACAAAAAGAGCAGCUGGAAAGGAAGCACAUCCUGGAAUUACAUAAUUAAACCCUUCUAUGUAAACUAAUCUUUUUAAAAAGAGAGAAACACAACCACGUUUUCCUCUUUUUUACAUGAAAUGGGUGGAUUUGUUUCACUUUCACUUCUUCAAACACUUUGGCUUACCAUCAGAUUUUACCUGGAAAACAAAUAACAAUCAGUAAUAAUCAUUAAUAAGCCCAUGUUUAUAUGCAAACUGGACCAGUUGGAGAUUUGGGGUUUGCAGUUGUGAGCGACUGGUAACAAUAAAACUUAAGCCACAGCUUUUGGUUUAAUAAUCAGCGGCUGAAAAUGAAAAUGAAAACUCUUUAUCACGGGACUUCCACCUAUUUCAUUUCUGCAUUCCCCCCACAUCAAUGAAUUUCCAUUACUGGCCACCAUUACGAAAGAUGACAUAUUUCCAGAGUUAUGGCUCUCUGCUGCUUUUGUAAAGCUGAAAAGGGUCAACAAAAUGUCAAGAGAUUCAAGACUCUUUAUUGUCAUUAUGCACAUAAAUAAAUAAAUAAAUAAGAUAAAUACAGUGACAUAAAUAUAUAGAUAUGUAUUAAAAAGUAUAAAGUUUAAUUAGUAUAUGUGUGUGGAUAUGCACAUAUAUAUCUGCACACACACACACAUGCAUCUAUAAAUAUAUAACCCACGAUUGACACAAGAAUAAGCGUAUUGCAUGUUUGGACUGAACAUGAGACUAUGUUUAUGUAUAUGUAAUGCAUAAAUCUGAGGGCUGAUAAUAUGGGUCUGAGCAGUAGAUCAGUGCACUUGCACAAGUUAUUUACACUGUGAGUUAUAAAGUGUACAUAAGGGUGUGUCCAGAGGAGCAGGAGACUGAAUUGGACAGAAGAAAAUUGCAUAUGGAGGAUGUAUAUAGUUACUGUGGGAUCGAGUUUAGCAGUCUUGCAGCUUUAGGGGCAACAUUUUAUUUUAAGUCAUGUGACUGAAUCUUGUGUGACUACUAAAACACAGAUUUAAUAUGUUUUCAAUUUCAAAAUCAGCUUUCACAAGAUUUUGUUGUGUGCAGAUUGUGCAGACUUCCCAGUGCACUGGCAACCAGCAUAAAUGAAAAGAUUCAGUCAUUGUGAAAGUUCCCACUUCUCAUCCUAGUGGGUUUUUAGCCACUUUGGAAAUUUGGCAGUCCAGCCCUCAGACAGAGUAAUUACGUAUAAAAGCCAGCUAUGCUUGGAUGUUUAGUCACUCGAAGAGCUUGUCAAGACUGAACAAUGCUUCGCAAGGGUAUCACAGAGAGCUUUGGAGCUGCGAUCCAUGCCCUCAACACCUCACAGCUGACAGAUGGUGUGAUUAACAGGAGCAAAAGGAUGAUGCUGGACACCCUCGGUGUCGGACUAUUAGGAACUAGAACAGCUGUCUUCAAUAAGGCUCUGAAGUACAGUCAGUUGUUCACAUCGCAGGAAAGGAGCAGCGUUUGGGGUAAAUCGGACAUAAUCCUGCCUCCUCAUUACGCUGCAUUUGUUAAUGGCAUCGCAGUUCACUCCAUGGACUUUGAUGACACUUGGCACCCUGCGACUCAUCCCUCGGGCGCCGUCCUACCUGCACUGCUGGCCCUGGCAGAGACACUUCCCAGCCAGCCCUCUGGUUUAGAUCUCCUGCUAGCCUUCAAUGUUGGCAUUGAGGUUCAGGGCAGACUGAUGAGGUUCUCCAAAGAAGCCUACAACAUCCCUAAAAGAUUCCACCCUCCCACUGUUGUUGGAGUGAUGGGCAGCGCUGCAGCCUCGGCUAAGCUCCUCGGUCUGUCCCCUGAACAGUGCAGUCAUGCUCUUGCUAUAGCAGCCUCCUCUGCCGGGGCGCCUUUAGCCAACGCUGCCACACCGACCAAACCUCUCCACAUUGGAAACGCUGCUCGGAGAGGCCUAGAGGCCGCUCGGCUGGCCCAGAUAGGACUGAAGGGAAAUCCAGCCAUACUGGAUUUGGACAGUGGGCUUGGGGUUUACUACAAAGACUACAGUCCCUCUGCUAUGGCGGAUUCUGCUGUGAGAGCAUAUAAAUGGAUUCUGGAAGAUCAGGACGUGGCAUUCAAACGCAUCCCCGCUCACCUCGGGAUGCACUGGGUUGUCGAUGCAGCUCUGGCAGCCCGGGAAAAGCUCCAAAAAGCAGUCGGCAAAUUUGACCUCAGCCAGAUCCGGCAUGUCACACUUCGGGUGCCUCCAUCCAAGUACGUUAACUGCCCGUUACCUGCCACAGAGCACCAAGCCAGGCACUCGUUCCAGUUCAACGCCUGCACCGCACUGCUGGAUAACGAAGUGACCGUGGCGUCUUUCGGCGACGCUCAUAUCGGCCGGUCCGCUCUCAAGGAGCUCUUGGGCAAAGUCAGCUUGGAGACGCCGGAAGAUAACCUGCCCAGUUUUGACAAGAUGUACUGCGAGGUCGAGAUAGCGAUGCACCAGGGGCCGAGCUACAAAGCCAGAUGUGACACUUUCUACGGCCACUGGAGGAAGCCGCUGACUCUGAAGCACCUGGUGGAGAAGUUCAGUGUGAAUGCUUCGUCUGUGCUGUGCACAGAGGGAGUGGAGGGGGUCAUUGAUGUUAUAGGAAACAUUGAAAGGGUGGCAGAGUGCUCAAUAUUGGGUUCAUAUCUGACAAUGACAAGUAAUCAAGAGCGCCUUGACAGAAUGAGGAUUUUGUAAUUAAACACUCAUAUCUUUAUAUGAAGCUUUGUAAUCUUUUCAAGAAAGUAAGAAUUAAAUAAUAACCGUGUAAAUAUGUUAUACAUACUUUUUUCUCUUCUGUGGUCAAAAAUAAAGUGAACCUUUUUCCUUGUAUUCAUUUAUUUAUUUGUUUCUGAGAACAUUAUCCUCACCUGCAGCUGAUUCUCUAAAAUGUGACAGAUGUGGGACGAAGCCACGACAGCAGCAGUAAAACUGACACGCAAACUCAAAAAUUCAGCUCACGAGAAGCUCAGUUCUGCUACUCUAGAUUAUCUUUCAGUGCUUUUAAUCACUUCAACACCAUUCUGCAACCAGCCCAGCAGACAUCUACCGCACAGCUUGCACCAGUCUUUUCCUUGUUUCGACCUUCUAUUGAUUACGCUCAGGCGAGUUUCAGGACGCCCUGCACCAUCGAUCCGAUUCCGUCAAAUAUCUCGUGGAUCGGAGCGUUGCACAUGAAGGCACAGGUGGUGACCAGUUUGUUCUUUUCAUCCACGUGGCUCUCGCCGACGCUCUUGCUCACGUGCUUGCA